UUUUUUUGGCACAAUUGAAGUGGGGACCAUUUGGCACUGGAUAGUCCAUACUGUACUGACUAUGGCAAAAUGGCAGAUUCUCCUUCCUCUGUCCUCCUUGCUGUGGUUCCCUCACACUCUCCUGAGAGAAGUAACCCAGAUUUCAAAAUGAAUCGCUGCCUAUUCCCCUCGAUCUUUCUCCUCUCUCUCUUUCUCUAUUUUUUGCCACUCUCUCUUUCUCUCUUAUCCUCUCUCCAUCUCUCAUCCUCUUCCUUGUAAAACAGAAUCAGUCUUGGAAAGAGAAUACCACCUCUCCAUCCCGUACUCCUACUUACCCUGCCUCUGGGAUAACGGAUUUAUUCCAUUUUAGUGCUCUAUGUUUGCUUCUUUGAAAACUUCAACCACAAAAAUUGCCUGUUGCGUGCAUUUGAAGUUAUGUUGUUCUUUUUCACUUUUUGAGCUGCUUUUUUGCUCCUAGACGCUGCUUUUUCCUGGUUCCUUAUGCUUUUUUGGGGUUUGUUUUUUUAUUUUGUAUACUUUCCUUAUUUGAGUUGAUCAGCUACAGGUCCACCCCACAUUUUCAAUUGAAGACAUUGAGACGAAGAGUGAAGCAGAAGAAAAAGGAUAGACGGUCUUUGGCAAGCUCUCUUCAAAGUUACCAAAAACUGAGGUACUGUAUUUAGUGUUUUCCAUCUCUGUAGUACAGGUUGGUACACGUCUCUUAAGUAUUUUUAAUCAGGCUAAUUAUAAGCCAUUGUAUAUGCAUUCUUUUUAAGUUUUUGCUUUAAUGCUGAGAUGAUCAAUUUACCAUCAAAAUUUGCUAGUUGCAUUUAUUUAUUCAUCAAAUUGCCAAAAGGCAUUUAUAUGGAUUUCAGCAGCGUGUAACUCACUUCCUCCAUCCAAUAUUUGCCUUUUUGAACUUCUUCUCUGAAUGUUCCAUUCCCUGCAGAUGAGCAAAUGUUAUUCUGGCCCAAACUUUCUGCAGAAAUAGAACUAAUUGCUAAUAAGGGCAGGCAGGAAGACGACGAGAGGAUGCAGGCUCCAGUACUGGAGCAGCUGGUGGGGUGUUGUUGACAUGGCAACAGGAGGUAGUUGACAUAACGUCUGAGGGGUGGGUUGGGUGUGGGUAUUCAUAGCAUAUGAGGGUUGCAGCAGGAUGGACAGCCAGUAUUUGGGACACACAGCUAGUUGAGCUAAUUGUUUAGCUUCUUAGAGUUUCUCAAGAGACCUUUUUCUCUGUAUUUGAAUUAACCUCCCUGUCUUCUUCAUUAUGACUCUCUUUUUUUUUUCUUUUGCUUCCUACCUGUCGCUUUCUGUACUCCCUCCAUCUCCUUCUCGAUCUUUCCCUUCAUCAUGCCACUCUUUCUCUGCUCCCAACCCUACAAUCUGUCUUGCAUUAUUAUCACUUCCUGUCUUUGUGUGACCUAUUAUGUCCAUUGUCCUCCUUGCUCCCGCCCCCCCACAUUCUCCAACACACAUCUCUUAGCCUUCUCUUGACAUAUUCUACAGGCAUCAUGUCCACCCCAGUGUCCCCUUCCCCAUCCCUCUCCCCCCUAUCACUGACCUCCCCAACAUCACCAUCCUCCGCACUGCCGUCACCCCUCUCCCCUCCACCCAGGGUACCCGUGUUUCAAAGGAAGGGAGCACUCAAACACAAGAGGAUUGUAGAGGUGAAAGACCAUCAGUUCACAGCACGCUUCUUCAAGCAGCCCACCUUCUGCAGCCACUGCACCGACUUUAUAUGGGGUAUUGGCAAGCAGGGAUUCCAGUGUCAAGUUUGCAGCUUCGUGGUCCAUAAAAGAUGCCACGAGUUUGUUACCUUCACAUGUCCCGGCUCUGUGGCUGCCCCAAGGCCCGAUGACUUAAAGAGUCAGCACACAUUUAAGAUCCAUACUUACUCGAGCCCCACAUUCUGUGACCACUGUGGAUCACUUCUGUAUGGACUCAUACACCAGGGCAUGAAAUGUACCAGUUGUGACAUGAACGUCCAUCGGCGAUGUGAAACCAGUGUUCCCAGUCUUUGUGGUCAGGAUCACACUGAGAAAAGAGGAAGAAUCCAUCUGACCAUUAGAGGAGACAAAGAGGAUAUCUACGUCACUGUCCGGGAGGCUCGCAAUCUGAUGCCAAUGGAUCCGAAUGGUUUGUCAGAUCCAUAUGUAAAACUUAAACUGAUUCCAGACCCAAAGAGUCACAGCAAACAGAAGACUAAGACCAUCCGCUCAACACUUAAUCCGGUCUGGAACGAGAGUUUUACCUUCUCAGUUCGUGGCAACCAGUGGGACAGGCGUCUGUCUGUGGAGGUGUGGGACUGGGACCGGACGUCCAGGAAUGAUUUUAUGGGAGCGCUGUCAUUCGGCGUCAGUGAGAUCUUCAGACGUCCUAUCUGUGGCUGGUUUAAACUGCUUGCACAGGAUGAGGGGGAGUACUAUAACAUCCCAGUACCGGAUCCAGAUCUGCAGGAACCUCAGCCAGAUGUCACAACACCCUCUCUGCCUCAGGUUUUGGCUGCCCCGGUGCCUGAGCCUUUUCCCGUGGUCCUGUCUCCAACCCCUGUCCCGUCCUGCCCACCCAUACACUCUCCAGGUCCUGGAAAAGUCAGAGUGGGAAUCCAUGACUUCAAUUUCCUCAUGGUGCUGGGCAAAGGCAGCUUUGGCAAGGUGCUGCUGGCAGAGGAGCGAGGCAGCGAGCGUCUUUUUGCAGUGAAGGUCCUUAAAAAAGACGUUCUCUUCCAGGACGAGGACACAGAGAGUGCCCUGGUGGAGAGGAGAGUUCUGGCCCUCCCCUCUCGUCCUCACUUCCUCACAUCACUCUAUUGCGCCUUUCAGACCGAGGACCGUCUAUAUUAUGUUAUGGAAUAUGUCAAUGGUGGAGAUCUGAUGUUUCACAUUCAGCAAGUCGGGAAGUUCAAAGAGCCGCAUGCAGCGUUUUAUGCAGCAGAGAUUGCAGUUGGCCUCUUCUUUCUUCACAGCAAAGGCAUCAUCUACAGAGAUCUAAAGCUGGAUAAUGUGCUGCUCGACAGUGAGGGCCACAUAAAGAUUGCUGACUUCGGGAUGUGCAGGGAGGGCAUGUUCGGGGGCGAGACCACUCGCACAUUUUGCGGCACUCCCGACUACAUCGCCCCUGAGAUUGUGGCAUAUCAGCCCUAUAAUAAAGCAGUGGAUUGGUGGUCUUACGGAGUGCUACUUUAUGAAAUGUGUGCAGGACAGCCGCCAUUUGAUGGCAUUGAUGAAGAGGAGCUGUUUCAGUCCAUCAUGGAGCAGAGUGUCUCAUACCCCAAGAGUCUUUCCUGGGAAGCUGUUGCUGUAUGCAAAGGGCUACUGACGAAGCACCCCGCCAAGCGUCUAGGUGGAGGAGAGGAUGCUGAAAGGGAGAUAAAGGAGCAUCCAUUCUUCCGCUGGAUAGACUGGGACCGUCUGGAGAGACUGGAGAUACAGCCACCAUUUAAACCCAGGACUGGAGGAAGAAAAGGUGAAAACUUUGACAAGUUCUUCACAGGAGCCCCAUCCGUCCUCACUCCAUCGGAUCCAGAUGUGCUCGCAGCCAUCAACCAGGAUGACUUCGAGGGGUUCUCCUUCCUCAACCCAGACUAUGCUCCUUCACCUCUCACAGCUAUUUGAUAACCACCCCCUCCAUCCCCCCCAUGUUAUUUAUCAGACAGUAGUUUUAUAGCUGAGAGUCACACAUGAUCACUAGCAACAAACAUUUCACCUCUUGUAACCAAA